AUCCGGAGACACCCCUCGAAGCCCUGUUCUCCGCACGCUCGGGCAGCGGGCCGCGGAAACCGUGGCUGUUGGCCGAGCGGGCGCCGGUCCAAAGCCCCAUCCGGGGCGGCGGCUGGUGUGCGGGUCGCAGCGGGAGAGACGCGCGAAAAGAAGGAAAUACGGAAGAGGGAGAGGUGAACCACCCUGUGCUGGAGUGACGGGAAGCAAUGCAGAAAUCAGAGUGCCAUGGAGACACACAGUUGAGAACCAGAGUGAGAGGUAAUGAUGAUCAAAGGACAUCAUCGAGUCCACAGAGAAAGCCUAGGACUACAGUUCAACGAAGCAAAUCCUCAUCCUCAUCGUCAGCCAGUUCUCCAGAUGCUGCAAUAAAAGUCCAUCCUCGACCAAGUGAUAAACUUAACCCUAAAACAAUUAACCCGUUUGGUGAACAGUCACGAGCCCCUUCUGCAUUUGCAGCUGUUUACUCUAAAGGUGGUAUUCCUUGCAGGUUGAUCCAUGGUUCAGUAAAACACAGAUUACAGUGGGACUCUCCUCCUGAAAAUCUUUCCUUUGAUCCUCUUCUUAUUACUUUAGCCGAGGGUCUGAGAGAGACUAAACAUCCAUACACCUUUGUUUCAAAGGAGGGUUUUAGAGAAUUACUCUUGGUCCGAGAUGCUCCUGAAAAAGCUGUGCCUUUGCUUCCUAGACUGAGUCCUGUGCUAAAGGCGGCUCUGGCCCAUUCGGAUGAUGAAGUGUUUGAAAGAGGACUGAAUGCUCUCGUGCAGUUAAGUGUCGUCGUUGGUCCUUCUCUGAAUGACCACCUGAAACAUCUGCUUACCAGUCUAUUCAAGAGACUAAGGGAUAAGAAGUUCAAAGAGCCGAUCACGAAUGCAUUGCAGAAGCUGGAGCAGCAUGGUGGAAGUGGAAGCCUUAUCAUCAUCAAAGCUAAAAUUCCAACAUAUUGCUCUAUAUGUUGUUAA